CUCGCUUCCAUUCAUCCCAACCACGCCACCACCACCUUUACCAUCCAACGAAGCCAAUCCAUCCCAAUCACCAAGCCAAACCCCACGAAUCCUUCGCUUUCUCUCGUCCUCGCGGUACGAAUCCAUGGCGGUAGCGUCCGGAACGUCAGCCGCGUUCUCCGUCCGUCCGACGGCGCGGCCCUGCGCCUGCUCCGCUGCCGCGGCGGCCGGCGGGGCGAGGUUCCGCGCGGACGCCACCGGGAACGGCAAGUGGUGGGCGCCGCUGCUGGGGUGGUCGGGCCAGCCGGACUACAUCGACGCCCAGCCGGCGGAGGCUCCGGAGGAGCAGCGGCGCGAGACGCCCGCGGCUAGGCGGUUCGGGGUGCUGACGGAGGAGAAGGCGCGGCAGCUGCGGGUGCGGAUGAUGGAGACGGAGAGCUUCCACGACGCCAUGUACCACUCCGCCAUCGCCUCCCGCCUAGCCUCCGCCGCCCGCGACGGCGACGGCGCCAAGGCGCGCUAGCCACGCGCGCGACUUGCUCGAUCUCUUGGCGUGGCCGACGACCGAGGAUGUAACCCGGCGUCCCGACUGGCGACUGCUCGACUCGCCGACGAGAGGCCAUGCAUGCGCCGUGUACAUAACUAAGCUUUCCUUUCUUUCUUUGUUCGGUUGAUCGUUUCUGCUCCAUUAGAGGAGAAUGGAGGGAGCAGUAAUAUUUAGAACGCGGCCCUUCCGACUCUCCCGGACUUAUUCAUGGAGACGGAACACUUAUUAAUCUUAGUUCGUUCUGAAGCAAAACCUGCACCACAAGUGCUAUGAUCAUGUACAAAAAUAAUUUUCGGUUU